AUGAAAGACAAAGCAUUGAAUGAUUUAAGGCUUGAUUACUACGAACACUUGGUCAAGGAAUGUAUACUUAGAUACCAGGAAGAAUUAGCACAGGAAGAAUUAGCACAGGAAGAAUUAGCACAGGAAGAAUUAGCACAGGAAGAAUUAGCACAGGAAGAACAUCCGUACUGCAACAAGAACCAUUCCUGGGUCAGAGACAACGUUUACUGUAUCUUAUGUGUCUGGGGACUCACUCUAGCGUUUAGAAAAAUGAGCGACUCGGAAGAAGGCAAAUCGAAAGCUUACCAGUUAGAAAAAGCGGUAGUCAAAACAAUGAGGGGGCUGCUGCGCUCCAUGCAGAUGCAGACGGAGAAACUGGAACAGUUCAAGCGCAGUCAGAAUCCCCUGGAUGCUUUGCAUGCAAAGUACAGCAGCAUCAGUGGCAAGCCUGUCGUUGGGGAUAAAGAGUGGGGCCACCUGCAGAUUGAUGCCACAUCCAUAUUUCUGCUAACUCUGUCUCAGAUGAUAUCCACUGGUAUUGACAUUAUAUUUACACUGGAUGAGGUAGUGUUUAUACAGAAUAUGGUAUUUUACAUUGAGACUGCAUACAGAACCCCUGACUAUGGCAUUUGGGAAAGAGGGGAUAAAACCAACCACGGACUACCGGAGUUAAAUGCAAGCUCAAUUGGCUUGGCGAAGGCGGCCUUAGAAGCAAUCAAUCAGCUAGACCUAUUUGGGUCCCGAGGUGGUCCAGCAUCAGUGAUUCAUGUCCUGCCUGAUGAAGCAUAUCAGUGUCAGGCAAUCUUAUAUUCCAUGCUUCCAAGAGAGUCUAUAUCAAAGGAAACGGAUGCAGCUCUUCUAACUGUCAUUGGUUUCCCAGCAUUUGCUGUAGACGACCCUGAAAUUAUUGCAAAGACACGCAAAACUGUCAUGGAGAAAUUAGAGGGCUCGUAUGGGUACAAGCGAUUCCUCAGAGAUGGCUACAAGACGGCAAGAGAGGACCCACACAGACUACACUAUGAGCCUUGGGAGCUAAUGGCAUUUGAAAACAUUGAGUGUCAGUGGCCUCUGUUCUUUGCCUUCCUGAUCUUGGAUGGUCUAUUCAACAACAGAGCUGAUGAGGUAGCAAAGUACCAGAAGAUGUUGGAAGAUAUUAUGUUGGUGUCAGAGGAGGGAAUACCUGUAGUUCCAGAGUUGUACACUGUACCUAUAGAACUGGUUGAAAAAGAGUAUGACAGGCCGAAUAGCCAGAAGCGUGUGGCCACUGGAAGAAUACCCCACAUGUGGAGUCAGUCUGUUUACAUCCUUGGACAACUGAUGGCUGAAGGGCUAAUAUCACCAGGAGAGCUAGAUCCAUUGAACAGGCGGCACGUGACAGAUACGAAACCGGACAUUGUGGUACAAGUUGUUGUCCUCUGUGAGGAUGUGCACCUUAAGAACAAGAUGUUAACCCAUGGUGUGGACCUCCAGACCGUCCAGGAGGUGGCGCCCAUUUACAUCCUGCACAGCUCAGUGUUGUCCAAGAUUUAUAGUCUGCUUGGUAAAAACAAACGAUUAGGCCUUUCUGGCAGAUCAUCAAAUGAGAUAGGACUGCUGGCUACUAGCAGACUCUACAUGCUUGCCGGUAGAAUGCUAGCAUUCAUCCCUCAGGUGGUGGAUGCCAAGCAGUUCUACCUGGGCAUGGAUGUGGAAUACCUGAUUGAUGACUUCACCACCAAGAUUGACAUGCUGAGAUGUAGCUGGAAGGGAAUCGGUCGACCUCUUCUCAUUUAUAACCUGACCCGCAAGGCACUGGACAAUUACCAGAGUCCACCCAAAUCUCUGAUGGUCACCAUAAAAAAGCUACAAAGUGGAUUUAUAGGUGGAACAAGGGUCAUCUUUGGCAGGCUGGCAGAUUUUCAGCAUACGUCUUGUGUGACACAACUGAGUUUCCUGAAGAACGUCGAUGAUCAGUCUGGCAAAUACGAGAAGGCAGUCAUUGACAAAGUGAUAUCUAUGCCCCCCGCCAGGUCAUCACGUCUGUCUUUUGAGAGCCACAUCACGAGCAGACGGGUGACCAAUGCCUUUAUCAACCUGGGGAUUACAGGGAUUAUUCGCCGCUCCCGCUCCAUAAACAUUAAUCCUGAUGAACAACCUGAUCUUUUAUCACCGCUAGCGCAACGUCGACGCAAUAGUAUCAAGUCUUUUGCAGAGACUUCUGUAUUAUCAUUACCUUCUAAGGUUGACUUGAGCGCAUUUGCUGAUUCGUCACAGUCUGUUGAGAAUUACGGAAAUGUUUUCCACCAUUUGCAAGAUGAGGAGGACAUAUCUUCAGAAAAUAACCGACAAACGCCGCGGCAUUCCCAGCAGGGCGCAAUUAAGAACCUGCCAGAAGAUACGACUGAUGAGGUGCAGCUUGUGGAGCAGCUGAAGGGAUCCCGCAACCUGAUGGAGCAGGCCGACAUCAUCCACUACUUGUUUAUCCAUAAAGGUCCAUACUGGGACACAGGCUUGGAGGAAGGAAAUUUGGUUCCAGUGAUAGACCUUCUGAAGGAGCUGUAUGACAAGGCCAACAGCUGUAAGCAGUGGUGGCUGGUGAGACACACAGCUGGCCUUCUAAAGAAGAGGAUUGGAGAUCUAGCCUUGGCAGUCACAGAUCUACUGGUCAGGCAAAAGCAGCUGUCAGUUGGCUUGCCGCCAGAUAAUGAAGUCAUCAUUGAGAGCCCCCAGAGACCAGAUGACCUGGCCUCCCUUAUCUUCAAGGCCUGUGGAUCUGAUUACAGCGUUGCAUCCCUCACACAGGAACUCUUAGUUUAUCUUGCCAUCUACAUCCGAACUGAACCGCGGCUGUUUGAGGACAUGCUCAGAAUACGGGUAGGGCUGAUUAUUCAGGUCAUGGUGGCAGAACUCUCUAGGUCCCUGGAUUGCUCAGGUGAGGAGGCUACAGACAGCUUGAUGAACCUCAGCCCCUUUGAGAUGAAGAUGCUUCUGUACCACAUGCUGAGUGGGGAGGAGUUCUCCGUUGAAGAUGACAUGUUCCCAGAAACUUUGGGUGAAGCCAUUCUAGUCAUGCGGCUGAGGAAACCAACAUUAAAGGGAAUCACAGACAUGGCCAUGGGCGGCAGCCUGCACGAGUAUCGAUCGGAGGAUGAGAUAGUUGAAGAAAUAGCUGAGCGACAAGGACAGUGGUUGCGGCGUCGGAGACUGGAUGGUUCCCUCAACCGGGUGCCAGUGGGGUUCUAUCCUCAAGUGUGGGAACUGUUGAGAAGGUGCCGCAGUUUGAUCAUUAAAGACGUAAAGUUAUUUGGAAGUCUGACACAUGAGAUGACCAAACAAGAGUUUAAAUUUGCAUUACAAGUAGAAGUGGCACUGAACAGCAUCCCUCAGCCAGAAUACCGACAGUUGUUGGUAGAAGCCAUGUUGGUUCUAUCUCUGCUUGUGGAACAUGACGGCGGUCGUUUAGACUUGACUGACAUGGACUUUGAAGUGGAUAAAAUUAUCAGUGAGGCCAACAGGAUCUUCAUUAGGGAUGUGGGAAUGCCUGGUGAUAUUGUUGAGAAAACCAAAGGAGCUGCAAACAUCUGUAUCUACCUCUACGACACUGCUCCCGGCGGGCUGCAUGGCUCCAUGACCUAUAUUGUUCGAGCUGUAGCCAAGACACUGAAUUUACCGGCAACCUCUAGCAACGCCAACUGUUUGAUUUUGUAG